CGUCUCCUCCGCUGCGCUCGAGUCUCUUCAGCUCCUGCGGAAAAGCGCAUUGUUUAUUUGGUUUGGUUUGAACGCGCAGCUUUCGAGCGAUGGAUUCAUAAAUAAGCGACUGGUUUCUUAUCUGAUUCAGCCCUCUGGAGCUGUGAUUAGAUCAGAAGUGUUUGAUUGGACAGCGAGGUGCACCUGAGCAUCAACAAAAGACUCAGCGGAUCCAUGUUUAUUCAUGCAUAUUGUGCCUGAGUGCGUAACCGCUCUGGCACGCCUGCGCACAAACACCCCGGAUCGAACCUGAAUCAGAUCGGAUUGGGUCGGGUCGGAUCGGAUCGGAUCGGAUUUGGAUGCCGUGGUAAGGAAAUCAAGCGAGGCUGUGAAGCUGAAGAUGUGGCUCCACCCGGAGGAGGUGUUGCUGGCUGGUGCGCUUUGGGUCACCGAGCGCGCAAACCCCUACUUCAUCCUGCAGAAGAGGAAAGGACAUGGAGAAGGAGGAGGAGGACUAGCUGGUUUGUUGGUAGGGACUCUGGACGUCGUCCUGGACUCCAGUGCACGUGUGGCUCCGUACAGGAUCCUUUAUCAGACGCCUGACUCGCUGGUGUACUGGAUCAUCGCCCACGGGAGCUCCCGUAGAGAGAUCACCGAACACUGGGAGUGGCUGGAACACAAUCUCCUGCAGACGCUGUCUAUAUUUGAGAAUGAAAACGACAUCACUACUUUCGUGAAGGGCAAGAUUCAGGGCAUCAUUGCUGAAUACAACAAAAAUCAUGACAUUAAAGAAGACGAUGACACGGAAAAGUUCAAGGAAGCCACCGCUAAGUUUCGGAGGUUGUUCGGGAUGCCAGACGAGGAGAAGCUGGUGAAUUACUACUCCUGCAGUUACUGGAAGGGCCGAGUGCCCAGGCAGGGCUGUCUCUACCUCAGCAUCAACCACCUCUGCUUCUACUCUUACCUGCUGGGAAAGGAGGCCAAGCUCUUGGUUCGCUGGGCUGACAUCACUCAGCUGGAGAAGAACGCCACCCUGCUGCUGCCAGACAUGGUACGAGUGAGCACCCGCUGCAGCGAGCACGUCUUCUCUGUGUUCCUCAACAUCAAUGAGAGCUUCAAGCUCAUGGAGCAGCUGGCCAACAUCGCCAUGCGCCAGCUCCUGGACAACAAGGGCUUCGAACAGGACCGCUCCCUGCCCAAGCUUAAGAGGAAGUCACCUAAGAAGGUGUCCGCCCUCAAGAGGGAUCUGGAUGCCAGAGCUAAAAGUGAACGAUACCGCACGUUGUUCCGCCUGCCGAAAGACGAGAAGCUGGAUGGACACACUGACUGCACGCUGUGGACUCCUUUCAACAAGAUGCACAUCCUGGGCCAAAUGUUCGUCUCCACCAACUACAUCUGCUUCACCAGUAAAGAGGAGACCAUGUGUAGCCUCAUCAUCCCCCUCCGAGAGGUGACCAUUGUGGAGAAGGCAGACAGCUGUAAUGUAUUGCCUAGCCCACUAUCAAUCAGCACCAAGAACCGAAUGACCUUCCUGUUCGCUAACCUGAAAGACCGUGACUUCCUGGUGCAGAGGAUCUCUGACUUCCUGCAGCAGACGUCCUCCAAGAUCUACUUCGAGCGAGAGAUCACAGGCAGCCUCACCAGCUCAGAUGAUGAGGUGUACUCCCAGCACAGCAGUCUUCUCUCCAGCAGUCCACAGCGCAGCAGUCUGGGCUCUGAGGGCGAGAGCGAGCGCCAGUUCAACCUCAAUGACAACAGUGUUCCCACGGCAACACAGGCCCUCAUGACCAUGUACCGUCGCCGCUCGCCUGAGGAGUUCAACCCCAAACUGGCUAAGGAGUUCCUGAAAGAGCAGGCCUGGAAGAAUCACUUUGCAGAAUAUGGCCAGGGUGUGUGCAUGUACCGCACGGAGAAGACCAAAGAGCUGGUGCUCAAAGGCAUCCCAGAGAACAUGAGAGGAGACCUGUGGCUUCUGUUCUCUGGGGCGAUUAAUGAGAUGGCUACUCACCCUGGCUACUAUGAGGACUUGGUGGAGAAGUCGAUGGGAAAAUAUAAUUUAGCCACAGAAGAAAUUGAGCGUGACCUUCACCGCUCGCUGCCCGAACACCCGGCCUUUCAGAACGAGAUGGGCAUCGCCGCACUGAGACGAGUUCUCACUGCGUAUGCUUUCCGCAACCCCAACAUCGGCUACUGUCAGGCGAUGAACAUUGUGACGUCAGUGUUGCUGCUCUACGCUAAGGAGGAGGAGGCUUUCUGGCUGCUGGUGGCGCUGUGUGAGAGGAUGCUCCCAGACUACUAUAACACCAGAGUUGUGGGUGCGUUGGUGGAUCAGGGUGUGUUCGAGGAGUUGGCCCGUGUGCACGUCCCUCAGCUGUACGACUGCAUGCAGGAGCUGGGUGUGAUCUCGACCAUUUCUCUGUCCUGGUUCCUCACGCUCUUCCUGUCUGUCAUGCCCUUCGAGAGCGCUGUGGUCGUAGUCGACUGUUUCUUCUACGAGGGCAUUAAGCUCAUCUUUCAGCUGGCGCUGUCUGUUCUCGACGCCAACAUCCACCAGCUGCUCAAUUGCAAGGAUGACGGAGAAGCCAUGACGGUUCUCGGCAGGUAUCUAGACAGUGUUACCAAUAAGGACAGCACUCUGCCCCCAAUCCCACACCUACACUCGCUCCUCACUGAUGAUGGAGAACCUCAUCCUGAGGUGGACAUCUUUAAACUAGUGCGCAGCUCCUAUGAGAAAUUCGGUUCUAUUCGGGCGGAUGUGAUCGAACAGAUGCGCUUCAAGCAGAGGCUGAGGGUCAUCCAGACUAUAGAGGACACGACCAAGCGCAAUGUGGUUCGAACUAUAGUCACAGAGACGGCGUUCAGCAUGGAUGAGCUGGAAGAGCUUUACUCAUUAUUUAAGGCCGAACACCUGACCAGCUGUUACUGGGGCGGCACGAGUAACCCGAUGGACCGUCAUGACCCGAGUCUGCCCUACCUGGAGCAGUACCGCAUGGACCUGGAGCAGUUUAAGGGCCUGUUCUUGGUGCUCUUUCCCUGGGCCAGUGGCGCACACACCGAUGGCCUUGCUGUCCGCUUCUUCCGGCUGCUCGACCAGAACGCGGACGCGCUCAUCAACUUCCGAGAGUUCAUUAACGGCCUUGGUGUCCUGUGCCAUGGCGACCUGACUGAGAAACUAAAACUCCUCUAUAAGAUGCACAUACUGCCAGAUGUACGUCAUGAGCAGGACGAGCCAGAUUCGGCUUUUGAGGCCACGCAGUAUUUCUUUGAGGACAUCACCCCUGAGACCUCCAAUGGCCUUGUACCGAAGAACAGGAGUGAGAAAGAUGACGGAUUUGUUAGGGUCACGUUCAAGAAUGAAAAAGUGAAGAAAAUGCAGACUCCUGAUUAUCGUGCGUACUUGCGCUUGUGGAACCAGGAGAUGAAAUCUAAAACCGAGAGCAUGAAGGAUCUCCCCAAACUCAACCAGGGGCAGUUCAUCGAGCUGUGCAAGACUCUGUACAACAUGUUCAGCGAAGACGCUAAUGAGCAGGAGCUAUACCACGCUACAGCCACAGUGACCAGCCUGCUGCUGGAGAUGGGGGAGGUGGGAAAGCUGUUCUGCAGCCCCUCCAGCAAGGAGGAUGAUGCUGAUGAUGAGGAGGACGACGAAGACGAGGAGCAGGCCACCGCAAGACACAGGAAGCAGCAGAGGACUCGGCAGGAUUCGUUAAACCGCUCUGUUGACGACAAGCUCCCCAACACGGCGCCUAUGGAGGACAUCAAGCUGGACGAAUCGCCCAAAGACACAGGAGCGUCCUCGGCCAUGCUCGUCUCUGAUGACGAGACCAAAGAUGACACAUCGGUGUCCUCGUACUCAGUACUGAGCACAGGCUCGCACGAGAUGGACGAGAAGCUUCAGUGUGAGGAUAUCACUGAGGACACGGUGCUGGUGCGCAGUGGUGCCGGCGGAGAUGGGAUCCCACACAGCACUAGUAUCGAUAAGGACUGGGCCAUAACCUUUGAGCAGUUUCUGGCCUCGGUGCUCACUGAACAAGCUUUGGUGCGCUACUUUGAGAAACCUGUGGACAUCACGGCUCGCAUUGCGAAUGCAAAGAACGUGCGGAAGGGAGGGCAGACACACACGUCCGUCAGCGAUUAUGAGAUCUCGCUCUCGGGCUAAACUGGAUGGACAGUCUUUUAUAAAAAAAACAAAACACAAAAAAAAAAAAAACCCUGACAUCUGCGUUCACCUUUAAAGUUUACGUCAAUGUUCCAAACAUGCACAAAAUGAGACAACAGAAACUCAACUAGUUUAACACUGGGAGUAAACAUUACCAAACUACAUCUUAAAAACAAAUGCUAAAAAUGGUCGAUCUGUAUUUCAAACUGAUCUUCGAAGCCACGUUUAAAGCUCUGCAUACGUACACACUGUCAUCCUCUCAACUACCUUUUUCUUAAUCGAUUUAAAUCAUGUAUAUUUCUCGAAGACACUGGAUAUUUUAGAAAGGAAACAAAGUGGCUCUUGGCUGCGUAUUUUCUCUAAUGUGAAUUCACCACGAAGAGUUUGAGAUUCUGGACCUGAAGGACUGUGAAAGAAAGAUCCUUGAUUUUGAAAUGGGAUUGAACAGAUUCUUGUCUUUUUAAUUUAAAAAGGAUGGAAGGAUUUGCAUACAUAUAUAUAUUACAUGCUUGGUGUACUUUAUAUGAAGUAAUAAUGUUUAUCAGUAUGUAAUACAGGUAGACCGUGUAUAGUCGUGUCGUGUCUACGCUUAUACUGAUUGCCUAUUCAGGGAGUGACCAGUCCUUGUCUUUGUGACGCGAAAGGAACUCGGUUUAAGUAGAUUUUAAAGGAAUACUUCACUCCAGAAAUGCAGUUUUUGGGUUCGGAUCACUGAGUGACGCUGUUCCUUUAGCACAGUGAUAAUUUUGAAUGUAGGAUGUGCAAGAAGCCAUGGGACUGGAGGAAGAGAACGGACAUUGAAAUGAACAGAUACCCUGCUGUAAAGUCUAAGCAUGACUGAUUGAUUUUGUCUCUGAUUCGACACUGUCCUGUUAGAAAUCACUACAUUAAUACUUCCAGACGUCUACAGUCUACGGCUGCCUCCUUAUUUGACAAAUAGUGCAAUACGUGUUGAAAAGGAACCAGUCUAGGAUUCAUCUAUCCAUUUUUGCUGCGUCAUUCAUUUUUUGUUUUCUGUUUCUGGCACCUGCACUUUGAGAUCCAUUCUUCACUCUAACCCAUGCAACGAUGUACUGUAUCUUACCAUAGAAGACCUACAGAUCUCAUUAAAUCACACAUACAAGACCCCACACCACAUCAAAACCCUUCUGAAGGUUUACGGUUUAUUUUCAUCUUUUCUCUGUUUCUUUCCUCACCCUCACAUGCAUGUGGCAUGACCGUCCACUUUCAUGUAAGCUUUUUCUUUUCUUUAAAUAAUACACUUUUAAUGCUGCUGUUUUUAGUAGUUUCUCUGUGGAUUGUUUUAAGUGUCCAGUAAAGAUUUGCUCUAAAUAAUAAAAAAAAAAAAAAAAAAAAAGAAUAC